UCAUCACUAAAUUCGUCCGAGGUGCCAGAGAAGUGGAGGUGGAUGCAGUGGCCAAAAUGGGCAAGGUGCUGGUUCAUGCUAUCACAGAGCAUGUGGAGGAUGCAGGAGUGCACUCAGGAGACGCCACACUCAUACUGCCCACCCAGACCAUCAGCCAGGGAGCUCUGGAGAAGGUGAAAACUGCUACACAGAAAAUUGCAAAGGCGUUUGAGAUUUCAGGGCCAUUUAACACUCAAUUUUUGGUGAAGGGCAAUGAUGUAAUGGUGAUCGAGUGUAACCUGCGUGCAUCUCGAUCUUUCCCUUUCGUCUCUAAAACUAUUGGUGUGGACUUCAUCGAUGUGGCUACAAGGGUCAUGGUGGGUGAGUCACUGGACGAGUCUCGUCUGCCCUCCCUAGAAAACCCAAUCAUUCCAGUCAACUAUGUUGGCAUUAAGGCUCCUAUGUUUUCCUGGCCUCGCUUGAGAGAAGCUGACCCUGUCCUGCGUUGUGAGAUGGCCUCCACCGGAGAGGUGGCAUGCUUUGGACCAAACAUCUACUCUGCCUUCCUGAAGGCCAUGCUCUCUACAGGAUUCAAGCUUCCCCAGAAGGGGAUUCUCAUUGGGAUUCAACAUUCAUUCAGGCCUAACUUCAUGUCCACUGCUCAUCAGCUUCACGAGGAGGGCUUUAAGCUCUUUGCCACAGAGGGUACAUCAGCUUGGCUCAAUGCUAAUGAUGUUCAAACAAUCCCUGUUGCUUGGCCGAGCCAUGAAACCAAAAAUACAACCUUACCCAGCAUAAGCAGACUUCUCAGUGAAGGACACAUUGACCUUGUGGUCAACUUACCUAAUAACAACACCAAGUUUCUUAAGGACAACUUCCAGAUCCGCAGAAUGGCGGUGGACUACGGAGUACCACUUAUAACAAACUUCCAGGUUGUAAAGCUGUUUGCAGAAGCUAUCAGGUAUUCCAGCGAUUUAGACGCCACCAGCCUGUUCCACUACCGCCAACGUGAGCCCAGACUGUCGGAGAGCUCUGCUGCAUGGUUAACUUGUAACCUCUAAAACAGGAGACUCCGCUCAAAAGUUAGCCAGGUGGUGUUAUCUAUCAUGGGCCAACUGAACAGUUACAAUCGGUUUUACAAUCAUAAAUCGAACUAGACAGGGCUCAACAGUAAAGGCCCAUUCACACCAAGAAAGAUAACUAUGAUGAUUAGGCCUAUAUUAGCUUC